AUGGCUUCAGACCCCAACAGACAGAGCUUCCCGAUGCCCAUGCCGCCACCGCCGCUACACACUCGCUCCAGUGAGAUGGACCGCCCCGGCACGCCCUCCCAGGAGGCCUUCAUCAGCCCGCGACAGACGCCUCAGGGCAGCCCCAGCAAAAGCCACCAGCCACCGGGCGCGUUCGACCUCCCGCACGUGUUCGAAAAUGCUAUGAAGCUGUUCCCCACCAUGGGCUCGCCCUCGAAACAGAAGCCGGACACACCCACCUCCCCCAGCAGGCUGAAGAUUGGCACCAACGUCGACCCUGCUGCGGGAGACGUCACCACGCUCUCAGCAGGCAGUCCCACGCGCAAGUCGAACCAAGAAAACACGCCGCCGGCCGCUCGGCCGACCACGCACAAGGACGCUAGCUUCCUCACACACGCUGCGCAGUCGCGACAGGAGCCGUAUCGAUCGCGGGAAGCAGAAGGCUCGCAACGGUACUACCCUGCACCCCAGCGUCUCUCGGCCGAGGAGCUGGAGAAAGCUAGGAAGCCAGCAGUGAAGCGUCUGGCCAACGUCACGCAGCUUUACUUCCUCGACUACUACUACGAUCUCCUCACCUACGUACACACCCGCCAGAACCGCCUCAGCCAAUUCAAGGCUCAGAACCCCGCGCCGCCUGAGACACCGGAAGCUGAAUACGACGAUGCUCUCACACAAUACCUAGGCCGCGAGCGCGCCAACCUCCGCAAGCGCCGCACUCGACUGAGGCAGGGCGACUUCCAGAUCCUCACACAGGUUGGCCAGGGAGGCUACGGCCAGGUGUUCCUGGCGCAGAAGAAGGACACAAAGGAAGUGUGCGCUUUGAAGGUCAUGAGCAAAACACUGUUGUUCAAGCUGGACGAGGUCCGCCACGUCCUGACGGAACGUGAUAUUCUGACGACAGCGAAGAGCGAGUGGCUUGUUCGACUUCUGUAUGCCUUCCAAGACGAGAAGAGCAUCUACCUGGCUAUGGAGUAUGUCCCUGGCGGCGACUUCCGUACGCUGUUGAACAACACUGGGGUUCUGCAUAACCGACACGCGCGAUUCUACAUUGCUGAGAUGUUCUCUUGCGUCGAUUCCCUGCACCAGCUUGGCUACAUUCACCGUGAUCUGAAGCCCGAAAACUUCCUCAUCGAUAGCACUGGCCACGUCAAGUUGACCGACUUUGGUCUAGCAGCCGGCAUGCUUGCUCCUAUCAAGAUUGAGUCUAUGCGCAUCAAGCUACAGUCGGUGAGCGAUGUCAUCUCGCCCUUUGGACGUCCUGUGGAAGAGCGAAGCGCAGCCCAGCGCCGAGACAACUACCGAUCCCUACGCGAGCGAGACGUCAACUACGCGAAGAGUAUCGUUGGAAGCCCAGACUACAUGGCACCUGAAGUCCUCAAGGGAGAGGAAUACGACUUCACAGUCGACUACUGGAGCUUAGGAUGCAUGCUCUUCGAAGCCCUGGCUGGAUACCCGCCGUUCGCUGGUGCUACUGUGGAUGAGACGUGGCAGAAUCUGAAGCAGUGGAAGAAGGUCCUGCGCAAGCCAGUCUACGAAGAUCCAGCGUAUUUCUUGUCCAAGCGUACCUGGGAUCUCAUUGUCCGUCUGGUUGCUUCCAAGUCGACUCGUUUCCGCGGCAUCUCAGAGAUUCAUGCACACCAGUACUUCGCAGAAGUGGACUGGACGAAGCUGAGGGAGAACAAGGCGCCAUUCGUGCCAGAGCUGGAUAGUGACACCGACGCGGGAUACUUUGACGACUUUGGCAGCGAAGCCGACAUGGCCAAGUACAAGGAGGUGCACGACAAGCAAGCAGCAUUGGAGGCCAUGGCGGAGCGCGAUGAGAAGAUGAACAAGGGACUUUUUGUAGGAUUCACUUUCCGUCACAAGAAGACAGCAGACGAGAAUGGCAAGCCUGCCAGCCCGAGGAAACCUCUCGGCGCAGUCGAAGAGAACUUUGGUACCAUCUUCUAG